GAGAGCGGGAAGCGAGGAGCGCCUGUGUUAGAUUCUGAAUUUUAGGUGGUUUUGGGGACUUUGUAGCAAACGCUAAACAUGGAGACCGAACCUUUGCAGCCUCUUGAGAACAAAACUGCUGUGGGUAAAGUGAAGAAAAGCGACAACAAGCGUCUCUCUGUUGAGCGAAUUUAUCAAAAGAAGACCCAGUUGGAGCACAUAUUGCUCCGUCCAGACACCUACAUUGGUUCUGUGGAGCCCGUUACACAGCAAAUGUGGGUAUUUGAUGAAGAUGAAGGACUGAAUUGCAGAGACAUUACGUUUGUCCCUGGAUUGUAUAAAAUCUUUGAUGAAAUAUUGGUGAAUGCAGCCGAUAAUAAACAGAGGGACCCAACUAUGUCCUGCAUAAAGAUCACCAUAGACCCAGACAAUAACACCAUCAGUGUGUGGAAUAACGGGAAGGGAAUUCCUGUUGUUGAACACAAAGUGGAGAAAGUUUAUGUCCCUGCCCUGAUAUUCGGCCAGUUGCUGACUUCCAGUAAUUAUGAUGAUGACCAGAAGAAAGUAACAGGUGGUCGUAAUGGAUACGGUGCCAAACUCUGUAACAUAUUCAGUAACAAGUUCACUGUAGAAACUGCAUGCAGAGAGUAUAAGAAAAUAUUCAAGCAGACUUGGACCAACAACAUGUCAAAUGCACCAGAUCCAAAGAUUAAGCCAUUUGAGGGAGAAGACUUCACUUGCAUCACUUUUCAGCCUGAUCUGAGCAAGUUUAAAAUGCAGAUAUUAGACAAGGAUAUUGUAGCCCUGAUGUCCCGCAGAGCUUAUGAUGUUGCUGGCUCUUCUAAAGGAGUAAAGGUGUUUCUAAAUGGGAAAAGGCUUCCAGUAUCUGGCUUCCGAACUUACGUUGAGAUGUACCUGAAAGAUAAACUUGAUGAAACUGGUAAUCCAUUUAAAGUAAUGCACGAGCAGGUGAAUGAUCGCUGGGAAGUUUGUUUGACCAUGAGUGAAAAGGGCUUCCAGCAAAUCAGUUUUGUCAACAGUAUUGCAACCACAAAAGGUGGCAGGCAUGUUGAUUAUGUCGCAGACCAGAUUGUAACCAAACUUAUUGAUGUUGUGAAAAAGAAGAAUAAAGGCGGGAUCUCUGUGAAACCUUUUCAGGUGAAAAACCACAUGUGGGUCUUUGUGAAUGCCUUGAUUGAAAAUCCAACUUUUGACUCUCAGACUAAAGAGAAUAUGACCUUGCAGUCAAAGAGCUUUGGAUCUAAAUGUACUCUGUCAGAGAAAUUUAUCAAAGGCGCAACAAGCUGUGGAAUUGUCGAAAGUAUUCUGAACUGGGUAAAAUUCAAAGCACAGACUCAGCUAAAUAAAAAAUGUUCCGCAGUGAAGCACACAAAGAUCAAGGGCAUUCCGAAACUGGAUGACGCGAACGACGCUGGCAGCAGAAACUCUCUCGAAUGCACACUUAUUCUAACUGAAGGAGACUCGGCCAAGACAUUGGCUGUGUCUGGUCUUGGUGUGGUGGGAAGAGAUCGCUAUGGUGUAUUCCCACUUCGAGGCAAACUUCUCAAUGUUAGGGAAGCUUCUCACAAGCAGAUAAUGGAGAAUGCUGAAAUAAACAACAUCAUCAAGAUCGUGGGUCUGCAAUAUAAAAAGAAUUAUGAUGAUAACGAGUCCCUAAGGACACUCCGUUAUGGAAAGAUCAUGAUUAUGACAGAUCAGGAUCAAGACGGCUCCCAUAUCAAAGGCUUAUUGAUCAACUUUAUCCAUCACAACUGGCCAUCCCUGCUAAAACAUUGUUUUUUGGAGGAAUUUAUCACGCCUAUUAUCAAGGUCACAAAAAAUAAGCAGGAACUUUCAUUUUAUAGUAUCCCUGAGUUUGAAGAAUGGAAGAACAAUACUGAGAGCCACAAAACCUGGAAAAUAAAGUACUACAAAGGUCUGGGUACCAGCACAUCUAAAGAGGCAAAGGAAUACUUUGCGGAUAUGGAGAGACAUCGUAUUCCCUUCAAGUAUGCGGGCCCUAUAGAUGAUGCUGCGAUCACCAUGGCCUUUAGCCGAAAAAAGGUGGAUGACCGUAAGGAAUGGCUGACCAACUUCAUGCAAGACCGCAGGGAACGGAGGCUGCAUGGCUUGCCAGAGGAAUACCUUUAUGGAAAAUCCACAAAAUAUUUAACAUUCAAUGACUUUAUUAACAAGGAACUGAUUUUGUUCUCAAACUCGGACAAUGAAAGAUCCAUCCCUUCCUUGGUUGAUGGUUUAAAACCUGGGCAGAGGAAAGUAUUGUUCACUUGCUUCAAAAGAAAUGAUAAGCGUGAAGUUAAGGUGGCCCAGUUGGCUGGUUCUGUCGCUGAAAUGUCUGCAUACCAUCAUGGUGAGAUCUCUCUCAUGAUGACCAUCAUCAACUUGGCACAAAACUUUGUAGGAAGCAACAAUGUUAAUCUCUUACAACCGAUUGGUCAGUUUGGCACUAGGUUGCAUGGUGGCAAAGAUGCUGCCAGUCCUCGAUACAUCUUCACCAUGUUAAGCCCUCUGGCUCGUUUGCUUUUCCCUGCACUGGAUGACAAUGUCUUAAAGUUUAUGUAUGACGACAACCAGAAAGUUGAGCCAGAGUGGUACAUUCCUAUCAUACCCAUGGUUCUGGUGAAUGGUGCAGAGGGUAUUGGCACUGGCUGGUCUUGCAAACUUCCCAAUUAUGACACCCGUGAAAUUGUGAACAACAUUCGUCGUAUGCUGGAUGGAGACGAGCCUCAACAAAUGCUUCCCAGUUAUAAAAAUUUCAAAGGCGUGAUUCAGGAACUUGGCCCAAAUCAGUUCAUUCUGAAUGGUGAGGUGUCUGUGCUCGACAGCACAACUAUAGAAAUCUCAGAACUUCCAGCCAGGACAUGGACUCAGAACUAUAAGGAACAGGUGCUGGAACCUAUGUUGAACGGAACAGAGAAAACACCACCUCUGAUUACUGACUAUAAGGAGUACCACACUGAUACCACUGUGAGGUUUCUGGUUAAAAUGACUGAGCAAAAGCUAGCAGAGGCUGAAGCUGCCGGCCUUCACAAAGUCUUCAAGCUGCAGGCCUCUCUUACAUGUAAUUCUAUGGUGCUAUUUGACCACGUUGGGUGCUUGAGGAAAUAUGAAACCGUUCUUGACAUCUUACGGGAAUUUUUUGACCUUCGAGUUAAAUACUACAGCCUUAGAAAGGAUUGGCUCGUGGGCAUGCUAACUGCAGAGGCCUCAAAGCUCUCAAACCAAGCCAGAUUCAUUUUGGAAAAAAUAGAGGGCAAGAUAGUCAUUGAAAACAAACCAAAGAAAGAGCUUAUUCAGAUGCUGGUCCAACGAGGAUAUGAUUCUGACCCCGUCAAAACCUGGAAACAAACUCAGGAAAAGGAAGAAGCAGGGGAACUGAUAGAAGAGGAAGAGGCUGAGGCAAAUGCAACUGGCCCAGAUUUCAAUUACCUACUCAGCAUGCCUUUGUGGUACCUAACCAAAGAGAAGAAAGAGGAGCUCUGUAAGCAGAGGGACACUAAGAACACUGAGCUUCAGGAUCUAAAGAGGAAAUCUCCUACUGACCUGUAUAAACAAGACCUUGUUGCAUUCAUUGAUGAGCUAGAUAGUUUGGAAGCUAAAGAAAGGGAAGAAGAGUCCCAGUCAUUAGCAGGCAAAGUGGUUAAAGGCAAGAGUGGGAGGCCGCAAGUAAAGAAAAUGCAGUUGCAGGAAAUUAUGCCAUCUCCACAUGGUAGGCGUGUUAUCCCAAGAGUCACAACAGCCAUGAAAGAGGAAGCCACCAAAAAGAUAAGAAAGAAGAUUAAGGGAGAGGAUGUUGCCAAGAAGAUGGAGUUUGACGAUGAUGGUGGUGAAGGUGACAGCUUAAAUUCACCAGAACAAAGUCCAGAAGGCCUAACACUUGCUGAAAGAUUAAGCAAAAAAAUUAAGAAAGAGCCAGGCACGAAGGCUGUUAAAGACAAGAAGCAGGCAACAUUACCAUUCAAGCCAGUGAAAAAAGAAACAAAGAGCGCAUUCCUGGAUUCAGAGAGUGAGUCUGAUGUGGAAGAGCUGGUGCCGCGUAUUGCUCAGCCACGACGAAAUGCUGCAGCUAAAGCAAAUUAUAUAUUGAGCUCUGAUGAAGAAAGUGCCAAAGAGGAAAGCAGCUUAAAGAAAUCUAUAGACAAGAGCGACAGCGAAUUCAGCGACUUCAACCCAAAAUCUGAUUCAGAAGACGAAUCCUUUGUAAUUGCAAAGCCCAUCAAGAAACCUAGAGCUGCACCCAAGAAAGCAGAGAAAGCGAAGAAGACUGAAAGCCCAGAAAAUGCUCCACCAAAAAACAAAGCAGUUCCAGAUAUUGAAAUAGAUGAGGAUACUCCCAUCAUGAUCAGUGCACCAGCUCCUGCUCCCAGUGCCCCCGAACCAGCUCCAAGGGCAAAAGUGUCCAGUGCUAAAGUGGCUGCAGUAAAACCUGCACCUAAGAAACGAGUCCAGAAACCGAAGAACGAGGACAAACAGCCAUCCAUUUUGGAUGCUUUAACUAAACCAAAAGCAACCAAAUCUAAAGCGGCUGCCAAGAAACCAUCAUCUGAUUCAGAGGAUGCUGCUCCGGCCCCCAAAAAGACCUCAAAAGCAACUAAACAACAAAAGAGAAAGAACUCUGAUAGUGAUUCUGGGUCUGAUUUUGGGCCAAAGAAGAAAUCUACAACUGCAGCAGCCAAGAAGCGAAAGCCAAUGGAAGAUGACAGUGUGAUCAUUGACUUCUCUGAUUCCGAUGAAAUGGAGAAUAUUGUACCUCGCGCACAGGCAGGUCGCCAAAAGAAACCCGUCACCUACCUGGAGGAUUCUGACGAUGACUUUUGAUUUUAACGCAUGAGGAAACAGUUUCUUUUUGUGUAUUUAUAAUGCAGCUUUCUGCUUUUACACAAGGUGAUGCACUUGUAGCAUUUGAACACCUUUAAUAGUACUGUAAGUGAAACCUGGCCUAUACGUUUUAACUUGGGUUUUAAGAACCAUAACUUUUACCUUACUUCUCUGCUGUAUUUCACUCAUAAGGUUUAGUUUCGGAGUAAUUGAAGCCAAUCCCUCUGUAUGUGGGAAAGUUGACUAUCCCUCCCCUUUGUUUUUGUGAUACAGAAAAUAUAAGCAAUUACAAACUGAAUAUGGAUUGUGGAAGAGUCUAGGAAUAUUCCAUUGACUCGACAGGGGACCGACAUCGUUAGUGGGUGAAAUUUUAACACACGACUGAAACCGUCUCUUGACUUUCAUAAAAUUAGAAAUAGGGCAAAGCUUAUUAUGAUCUUAAAAUAGUGGUUCCCUUUUGCAGCGCUUCGGCUAAUGUCACGUGGGGUUGUUACUCUGCCGACAUAGAAACGCAGACGAAGCUGAUCUAAGUGAGAUCCACUCCUUCCACUGUGUGCCUGUGCACAUACAGCGAAUUUCAGCGCACAAUCGCAAACAUAUGCAUUUUGUUGCUAAAAUCGGCUGUCUACUCUGUUGUUGUAAUCAACUUAAAUUGCAUAUGCAAAAUAGGGGCAAGAAAGGAAAAAGUGGGAGUGUUUACUUCCUUGCUGCAUGAGAAAAAGUCACUCAAUUUCCCUUCCUGCCUCUAAUUUAAAUAUGCAGAUUCAGUUUGGCCAGGCACAAUCCAAAUUCUGCUGCAAAAGACAGAAUUCCAAUCCAAAUCCUGGAUUCGGUGUAUCCCUACAAAUAACACACGGAGCAGAUCCACUUAGGUUGGCAGAUUCUACACAUCAGCCUUGUGACACGUUAGCCUUAAAUAUUCCCCCUGGAGAUAAACCCUAAUAACCGCAAUCCUAAACUAGCUGAGGUCUACUCAGAAUUAGAAAAAUCUACAUUUGUAUGUAACUGCCCUUGAGUAGAUGGAAAUCCAUAGCAGCGACUGCCACCCCAGCAAUUGUUUUCUCUGUGUAUGAAAAACGGAAUAGGCCUGUAUUCAGUUGGUUUCAGACAGUUCACCAGAAAUAAAGACUUCUUACAAAUAUUUUCUAUGUGAGACGGUUUCCCUAAUAUUGAAAUGUAAAGUUUCAGUUUUCACUUUCUAAAGCAGCUCUGUGAGGCAGGGUCGCCAACUCUAAAUUUGUCCCUGCUGAGCAGAAUCUCUGAGUUUCAUUACAGGCAACUAUUGUAUCAAUUCUAAUACUCCACAGAUACUGCUGAGAAAUGGAUCAACUCAAUUUUGUAAAACUAACCGUUCAGAACCUGCGCCUGAAUUACUGAGCUGCCUGACUAAAACACCAGAGACAAAGACUUUAAACAUAGGUUUUGGAAAAACUGUAAGAACUAAAAGAAAGUGAUUUAUGGUGAACAAUCUGAAAACUGAACUGAAAAAGGUGUUUGAAAGGGAAACAACCCCUUUCACAGGUUGGAAUUUUUAGAGAUUGUGACCCUUUCGCCUUUUUUUGUAGAAUUGAUGGAGGAUUUUUGGCUUUUAUUUCUGUUCACUAUGGAAUGUUUUAUCCAAGUGAUUUGUUUAAUCCCAACUGUACAUAAACAUUUCCCCUGUUUGUCCUUUGUACAUAUUUUCUAUGUACCUGUAGAUGGUUUGUAAUAAAGGAUUUGUAGUAGUGAA